UCAAAUUUUUAUUGACCAGUACCAAUAAAUGAUCAAAGCCGACAAGUGUGGCUCUUUUACACUAGUCCAAGCUCCACCCAGCAGCGACCAUUAUCUUGUCUUGUCCCUUCCUUGACAGGAACCAGCAAAAGAGUUUACUAGCAAGAAAUGGCUGGAAGUGGAGUUUUUAGUGACAUAGUUGAUGGAGAUGAUGUCUAUAAAUUGUACGCAGAUGCCGAGUGGAAGAAGUCUUCUUCUGGAAAAUCAGUUCCCAUCAUCAAUCCCACCACCAGAAAGACCCAGUUUAAGGUCCAAGCUUGUACUCAAGAAGAGGUGAAUAAGAUCAUAGAAACAGCAAAAACAGCUCAGAAAUCAUGGGCAAAGACUCCACUGUGGAAAAGGGCAGAAUUGCUUCACAAAGCAGCAGCAAUCUUGAAAGAGCACAAAGCCCCCAUUGCAGAGUGCCUAGUCAAAGAGAUUGCAAAACCAGCUAAAGAUGCAGUGACUGAAGUGGUGAGAUCUGGGGAUUUGGUGUCGUAUUGUGCUGAAGAAGGGGUUAGGAUUCUUGGAGAAGGGAAGUUUCUGGUGUCUGAUAGUUUUCCUGGAAAUGAAAGAACCAAGUACUGCCUAACUUCAAAGAUUCCACUAGGGGUGGUUCUAGCAAUCCCCCCCUUCAACUAUCCCGUGAAUCUUGCCGUGUCAAAAAUUGCUCCUGCAUUAAUUGCUGGAAACUCCUUGGUCCUUAAGCCACCAACCCAGGGUGCUGUAGCUGCAAUUCACAUGAUCCAUUGCUUUCACUUGGCUGGUUUUCCCAAGGGCCUCAUUAGUUGUGUUACUGGAAAGGGUUCAGAGAUUGGUGACUUCCUCACAAUGCAUCCUGGGGUCAACUGCAUAAGCUUCACAGGUGGAGACACUGGAAUAGCAAUCUCAAAGAAGGCAGGCAUGAUCCCUCUUCAGAUGGAAUUGGGUGGUAAAGAUGCUUGUAUCAUUUUAGAAGAUGCUGAUUUGGAUUUAGCUGCAGCAAAUAUCGUCAAAGGAGGCUUCUCAUACAGUGGUCAAAGGUGCACAGCCGUCAAGGUUGUUCUAGUUAUGGAAUCCGUUGCUGAUAUCCUUGUCGAGAAAGUUAAAUCCAAAGUCUCGAAACUGACAGUUGGACCACCUGAGGACGACUGCGACAUUACUCCAGUUGUUACAGAGUCGUCAGCAAAUUUUAUUGAAGGGUUAAUAAUGGAUGCCAAGCAAAAAGGAGCAACUUUCUGUCAAGAGUACAGGAGAGAGGGCAAUCUAAUAUGGCCAUUAUUGUUAGAUAAUGUUCGACCUGAUAUGAGAAUAGCAUGGGAAGAGCCCUUUGGUCCAGUUUUACCGGUUAUAAGAAUAAACUCUGUCGAAGAGGGAAUCCACCAUUGUAAUGCUAGCAAUUUUGGUCUUCAGGGAUGUGUCUUUACAAGAGAUAUAAACAAAGCAAUGUUGAUCAGUGAUGCUAUGGAGACAGGAACAGUUCAGAUCAAUUCAGCGCCAGCUCGUGGACCCGAUCAUUUUCCAUUCCAGGGUAUCAAAGACAGCGGAAUCGGCUCUCAGGGGAUAACUAAUAGCAUCAACAUGAUGACAAAGGUCAAGACUACUGUGAUCAACUUACCCACCCCUUCUUACACUAUGGGUUGAUGAGCAAUCCUUAUCUAGAUUUGAUCUAUGAUAGAUUAAGAACAUAAAUAAAUGAAUCCUCUUUACUUUCAUGUGUGAGUCCCAUCACUUGUUAGUAUUCCGAGUCCAUUAGGGACUGGCGCUAGAUAAGUUUGUCCCAGGGGUUUAUAUGCAUUUGUAGCUAAAUAAGAUUGUGUAUUGGAGUUUAAUUAUGUAUCUAUCCAUUUCAGAGUGCUGGUUUGGUUA